UGUUAACUCCUGCUCAUGCUUUUACAGUGGUCUUAAGCAUCACCUAUUUAGGGAAGCGCUCCCGAAUCCACCUGCAGGUUAAAUCGGUGGUUCUCGAAGGUGGCCUCUGGACCGGCAGCAUUAACAUCACCUGGGAACUUGUUAGAAAUGCAAAUUAUCUAGCCCCAACCCACACCUACUGAAUCAGAAACUCUGAGGGUGGGGCCAGUAAUGUGUGUUUUAACAAGUCUUCCAGGGGAUUCUGAUGCUCACAAAACUUUAAAACCACUGGGAUAGGUCAUAAAAAAAACCUCAAAACAUUGAAGCCUCUCUCCUUGGGCUCUCCUGUUUUCAGCAUAUCAAGACACCCAGCAAAUGUUGGGAUCCAGAGCAAAGCCCAGCCUCUCUUUACCCUGCCUUCAAGGAGCCACCAUCUGGUAAAACAGCGACGGGGCACAACUAACCCCAGCAGGAUUUCAGGAGACGCUCUGGGAUUAGGUGCAGCCGUGGUAAGUGAGGAGUGUGGAGCCACUGAGAGGACGAGACCAAAGUGAAGAGGAGCUGGGCAGCUGCUGUCUGGAGCUUUGCCUCAGCCCCGUGGGCCCCACUGAAUGAGCGGCAUGUGGCACCCCUGGGCCAGUCCAGUGUCCUUCGACCUGCUGUCCAGCCCUCCCAGGAGGCCCUGACGCCCUGGGUCACUUCCACUCUGCGAAGGACCACGUGGGGGUUUGCCAUGGUGACAUAAAGGGGCACAAAGGAAGGAAGGAGCGCAACCAACCUGUGGACUGCGCCCCUGGCUUGGGGGAAGGUCCGGGGACCUGAUCCUCCACACCCUGCCCGCUGAGGGCCUCGCUUCCUAAGUCUCUGUGAAUUUGUUGGUCGCUGGACUCUCGUGUCUCCUUCUGCGUGUGGCCUUGGGGUGGCCAGGGCAGGCCAGGCCUCCAGCAGCCGAGGUCGCAGGGCCAGGAUGCCCACCCUGGCUCGCCUCCGGAGGCUGUGUCGGCACGUGUCCCCCCAGGCCGUACUUUUCCUGCUGUUCAUCUUCUGUCUGUUCAGCGUUUUUGUCUCAGCCUACUACCUAUAUGGCUGGAAGCGGGGCCUGGAGCCCUCGGCCGACGCCCCCGAGCCCGACUGUGGGGACCCGCCACCCGUGGCACCCAGCCGCCUGCUGCCGCUCAAGCCUGUGCAGGCGGCUGCCCCUUCCCGCACGGAUCCAUUGGUGCUGGUGUUUGUGGAGAGCCUCUACUCUCAGCUGGGCCAGGAGGUGGUGGCCAUCCUGGAGUCCAGCCGCUUCAAGUACCGCACAGAGAUCGCACCAGGCAAGGGUGAUAUGCCCACGCUCACCGACAAGGGCCGUGGUCGCUUCGCCCUCAUCAUCUACGAGAACAUCCUCAAGUACGUCAACCUGGACGCCUGGAACCGGGAGCUGCUCGACAAGUACUGUGUGGCUUACGGCGUGGGCAUCAUCGGCUUCUUCAAGGCCAAUGAGAACAGCCUGCUGAGUGCGCAGCUCAAAGGCUUCCCGCUGUUCCUGCACUCGAACCUGGGCCUGAAGGACUGUAGCAUCAACCCCAAGUCCCCGCUGCUCUAUGUGACGCGGCCUAGUGAGGUGGAGAAGGGUGUGCUACCUGGCGAGGACUGGACAGUGUUCCAGUCAAACCACUCCACCUAUGAGCCAGUGCUGCUGGCCAAGACGCGCUCGUCCGAGUCCAUCCCACACCUGGGUGCGGACGCCGGCCUGCAUGCUGCACUGCAUGCCACUGUGGUCCAGGACCUGGGCCUCCAUGACGGCAUCCAGCGUGUGCUGUUUGGCAACAACCUCAACUUUUGGCUACACAAGCUGGUCUUCGUCGACGCCGUGGCCUUCCUCACAGGCAAGCGCCUCUCGCUGCCGCUGGACCGCUACAUCCUGGUGGACAUUGACGACAUCUUCGUGGGCAAGGAGGGCACACGCAUGAAAGUGGAGGACGUGAAGGCCCUGUUUGACACACAGAAUGAACUACGUACACACAUCCCAAACUUCACCUUCAACCUGGGCUACUCAGGGAAAUUCUUCCACACAGGUACUGAUGCUGAGGAUGCUGGGGACGACCUGCUGCUAUCGUAUGUGAAGGAGUUCUGGUGGUUUCCCCACAUGUGGAGCCACAUGCAGCCCCACCUUUUCCACAACCAGUCCGUGCUGGCCGAGCAGAUGGCCCUGAACAAGAAGUUCGCUGUCGAGCAUGGCAUUCCCACAGACAUGGGGUACGCCGUGGCACCCCACCACUCAGGUGUAUACCCUGUGCACGUGCAGCUGUACGAGGCCUGGAAGCAAGUGUGGAGCAUCCGCGUGACCAGCACGGAGGAGUACCCCCACCUGAAGCCAGCCCGCUAUCGCCGUGGCUUCAUCCACAAUGGCAUCAUGGUCCUCCCACGGCAGACCUGCGGCCUCUUCACACACACCAUCUUCUACAAUGAGUACCCUGGUGGCUCCAGCGAGCUGAACAAGAUCAUCAAUGGGGGCGAGCUCUUCCUCACCGUGCUCCUCAAUCCUAUCAGCAUCUUCAUGACACAUCUGUCCAACUAUGGGAAUGACCGCCUGGGCCUGUACACCUUCAAGCACCUGGUGCGCUUCCUGCACUCCUGGACCAACCUCCGGCUGCAGACUCUGCCCCCUGUGCAGCUGGGCCAGAAGUACUUCCAGAUCUUCUCCGAGGAGAAGGACCCUCUCUGGCAGGACCCCUGCGAGGACAAGCGCCACAAAGACAUCUGGUCCAAGGAGAAGACGUGCGACCGCUUCCCUAAGCUCCUCAUCAUCGGCCCCCAGAAAACAGGCACCACAGCCCUCUACCUGUUCCUGGGCAUGCACCCGGACCUGAGCAGCAACUACCCCAGCUCUGAGACCUUUGAGGAGAUCCAGUUUUUUAACGGCCACAACUAUCACAAAGGCAUCGACUGGUACAUGGAGUUCUUCCCUAUCCCCUCCAACACCACCUCUGACUUCUACUUUGAGAAAAGCGCCAACUACUUUGAUUCAGAAGUGGCACCCCGCCGGGCAGCCGCCCUGUUGCCCAAGGCCAAGAUCUUGACCAUCCUCAUCAACCCUGCAGACCGGGCCUAUUCCUGGUACCAGCACCAGCGAGCCCAUGAUGACCCAGUGGCCCUGAAGUACACCUUCCACGAGGUGAUCACGGCAGGCCCCGACACAUCCUCGAAGCUGCGCGCCCUCCAGAACCGCUGCCUGGUCCCUGGCUGGUAUGCCACCCACAUCGAGCGCUGGCUCAGCGCCUUUCACGCCAACCAGAUUCUGGUAUUGGAUGGCAAACUGCUGCGAACAGAACCUGCCAAAGUGAUGGAUAUGGUGCAGAAGUUCCUUGGGGUGGCCAACACCAUUGACUACCACAAAACCUUGGCGUUUGAUCCAAAGAAAGGAUUUUGGUGCCAACUGCUUGAAGGAGGAAAAACCAAGUGUCUGGGCAAAAGCAAAGGCCGGAAAUACCCAGAGAUGGACUUGGAUUCUCGAGCCUUCCUGAAGGAUUAUUACCGAGACCACAACAUCGAGCUUUCCAAGCUGCUGUACAAGAUGGGCCAGACAUUGCCCACCUGGCUACGGGAGGACCUCCAGAACACCAGGUAGCUGCGGCCACCACAGCCAGACUGAACAUUUGGGCCUGGGCUUAUCUCAGUUCUGGACUGAUUCCCUUUUCUCAAGUUCUACCCUGGGGUGGAGAAGAAAGUUGGGUACUGGACCAGCUAUGUGGUUUCAUUGUGUUCUGCUGGGAGAGUUCCUAUUAUUCUUCUCACUGGGGCCUUUAAGCCUGGAGACUUUGGGCCAUGAGGGGAGGGAGCAGAUGAGGAACUGUCUGAGAUCAGAGUGGGAUGUACACACACACACACACACACACGCACGCACACGUGCGCACGCACGCACACACACGCGCGCACGCACGUGAAGAUUGCCCGCACAGUGGGAUCAGACAGCGAGAGUGGGACAAUGCUUUCAUAGCUCAACUCCUGGGCCUCACUUCCCAUCUGUCUUUGAGGGGUUGGGCUCUGUGUCUGUGAGGACCUUACAGCUCCCACAUUCUCUGGUCUAUCUUCUGGGCCUAGAGGCCUGCUCCCGUCUCCUGGAGCCCAGAAGGCCCAGGCUGACUGGAUGAAGCUGACACUUGUGGGGCAGGCAGUUCUCUUCUCUCUGCCUUUGGCCUGGGGAAGGAGCAGGCAGGCUUGAGAUCCUGUGAGAGCAGAGGAGAUAUUGUGGAUUUUUGUCCAGGCACUUUCGGGGGGACUGGAACCUGAGCUGUAUGUGUUCUAAGUCUGUCUGGUCACUGCUGCUGUUUCUCUUCCCACUAACAAAUCUUUCCUGAGGAGCCACUGGGCCCAGACACUGCCAGGACCUUUAGGGAUGGGGAUAAGUCUCGCUAGGGGUACUCAGCUAAUGGGCACACAGAUUCCCACACAAGAGGAGAAAACCAGAGACCAGUGGGUGUAGCAUCAUCAGCAUCUCUAAUCUUCAUCAGUUCACUAUAAGUGAUUGGCCAGAAAAGUGAGGGAGAGAGAAAUAGCUUAAAUGGUGCAGGUGACUCCACCCUCCAUUCUGUGUUUCGUCCGUGAGCCUCAGUCCCUCCAGGUUCUCAUAGCCUCCCAUGGUGUGGGCAUCUCACCACUGGGAGGGCGAGUCUGCAGUUUAAAGAUGGACCUUUUCCAGGCCCGUAAAUACGAGGAAAGGAGCUCUGGUGGUGCGGCAGUUAAGCAUUCAACUGCUAACCCAAAGGUCGGCAGUUUGAACCCACCCAGGGGAUCCAUGGGACAAAUGUGGCAGUCUGCUUUCGUAAAGAUUACAGCCUAGAAAACCCUAAGGGGCAGUUCUCUGUCACGUGGGUCGCUAUGAGUCAGAAUCAACAGCACCUAACAACAACAACAACAAAAUAUGAGCAGCUGUGCCUCUGGGGCCCAGUUGAGGAAGCAGCAGUCUGUUCCCGCCAGAGGACUCCUGGCUGGACUGCCUUAGUGGAAACUGGCGGUUCCCAACGUGGUGCUGUCCCCGCGGGUCGCUAGUGAGAAGAGCAAGUAAAAAAAAAUGUUCUACUGUCAUUUUAUCACGAACACCCAUAUGCUUACCAUCUAGAUUUACAAUGAUUAACAUUUUUGCCACAUUUGUUUCUCUCUCUGUUUUAUGGUUGUUGUUUUUUUCUGUUUUAAAAGUUGCAAACAUGAUGAGACUUCUCCCCUAGGUGCUUUAGCCAACAUCUCCUAAGAGUUAGGACAUAUCCUUCACGUUGGCCCAAUAUCGGAGUCUUGGUGGUGCAGUAACUAAGAGCUCAGCCGCUAACCAAAAGGUUGGCAUUUUGAGUCCACCAGCCGCUCCUUGGAAACCCUGUGAGGCAGUUCUACUCUGUCCUAUAGGGUUGCUAUGAGUUGGAAUCGACUUGACGGCAACGGGUUUGGCCCAAUAUAUCACACCCAUGACAACAGUCAUUUCCUAACAACAGCUGCUAUCCAGUCCACUUUUAAAUGUUCCCUGUUGUCCCUCAAGUAACUUGUAGCUGCUUUUCAAACCAGGAUCCAGUCAGGGUACACACACUGCAUUUUGUACAGUGUUUCUUUAAUCUCUUUUAAUGCUGAAAAGACCACCCCCACCUCAACACACACACACUUUGAUUUUUUAAACGACAGACAUUGAUUUUUGGAGGCUGGCGGCCUGCUGUGUGUAGAAGCCCCACAUGGCUUUGUCUGAUUGUCUCUCGUGGUGUCGGAUAACCAGUUCCUCCAUCCCCUGUAUCGUCAAAGGUAAUUUAGGCUGUGUGGAUUUUUAUCUUCUGCGCUGACUUGACAGCUUCACUCCUGCCUGAGAUGUGCUCCUAUUGUCAGCUGUACCAAGUGCCAAACCAGCAGAGGGGCAGUCGGAGCUCUAGCGGCUCAGGGACGGUGAGGGCGGGUUUCCUGGAGAAGACAGCAUCCCGCUGGGCCCAGGAGGAAGGGAGAGAGGACAUUGUAGAAGGCGUUGCGGCGCUGUUGAGAAUGAGGUAUCUUGAGUCAGGAGGAGCCUCAGCUGCCUUUUUGAGCUGGGGAUGGUCCACAGGCACCAGACAGCAUCUCUCUCUCUCUCUCUCUGUCUCUCUCAUGGUCCUUGGGUUUUCACUCCCUGGAGGCCCAGGGUCUUUUGUGGACUCAGGUGUGCACUUGAGCAGAGCCAGGCCCCUGGGACACAUCGGGAGGGCCUGGCUGGGGAGCUGCCUCCCCAGGCCAUGGUGUGGGGAGAAGAGCACUGGGCUAGAGGUGGGAGAGCUGAGGUUGAGUCUCAGUGGGUGCAGUUAGUGGCCAUGUGCUGGCUGUCCUCCCAGGGCCCCCUAUUUCCCCAUCUAUAAAAUGAGUGGAUGGGGCUACAGCAGUGGUUUUCAAAUAUCAAAGAAAGUCCUAAGCAGAAACAACAGGUAGGACAGAUGGGAGCAGGUCUGCUCUAGUUGCAGUGAGGUUGGGGGGCUCAGAGGCUCCCCCACCCAGAGGCAGUACUGGAAUCGGGUUUGCCAAGCCUGAGGUGGUUGCCCUUGGGGCUUGCCCUGCCAGCUCAGGUGGUGAGAGGUGGCUUAGCUCCUCCAGGGUGCUGGGGCUUUGUGUGGACUCAAUGCCCAGGGCCUGGGGGAGAACUAGGGCUGCGUUUUACCCUAAGGUGUUCAUCCUUCCUGCUCCUCUUCCUCUCUGGUCCUGGAGGAGGAGGAGGAGGAAAGGUUUUCUAUGACUGUGUAGCUUUUAUUAUCAGCAAGAGGGCUCCUUUUGUAAUUUUUGCAUGAAAUUCAUGUCAUUUCCUGGGGAGAGGAGAGAGCCGACUGGAGGGGGUGGGGGCACAUUGGGGGAGCAGGCAAAGGCUUCCUUCCCAUGCUGGGGGGUGGGGAGGGGUGGAGAGGAGGCGCUACCCAGCUCAUCUGAUGAGGGCUCUCGAACCAGCCGUUUUGGGUUGUGUUAAAAGUGGCAACCUUCCUCCAUUAAUGUACAAUCUCGAACUAACUGCUAAUAAAGUGGGGUUCUGUUUGUACACAUUGGUCCUGUUUGUCUGUCUGUGGCACCUUUUUGCAAGGGCAGGGGAGGGUGGAGAUGGGGAUGUUUGUAUGCACGGCCAAAGUCUGCUCCCUGUUUCCCCAUAGACAUGCACACACAUGCACACAUACGGUGACUUGGUCAAAUUAACCACUGGGUUGUGAAUUGACGCCUUCACAGAUAGCAGAGGCCUAUCUCUGGGCAGCUGCCUGGGGCGGCUCAGAUGACAGAGAGAAACUAGAUAGCUCAGAGGUGCUGGGGGUCAAGCGUGGCUCUGAGAGCCAGGAGACGCAGAGUCUAGAGUGAGUUCUGUCACUGAUGGGUCUUGUGACUAGCAGUGACAAGCCACUGUUACUCUUGAUCCUCAGUUUCCCGCAUCCUUUAGGGAUGUGGAGGGAGUCAGUGGCCCCUCCGGGAAAAUCUGCUUAAAAUGCAAAUUCUCAGAUCCUGCUUCCAGAGAUUCAUCUGCAACAGAAGUGGAUGGGGCCCAAGCAUCUGCAUUUUUAACAAGCCCCUCAGCAUGCCAAGGCAUCCCACUGUGGGAAAACCUGCCUCAGGCUGAUGAUCCCCACAGGUCCUAGUUAAGGCUGAGAGCCCUGCUGUCCAAGGAGCUAAAACUUUGGGUGAAGCAAAUCACGUUCUACCCUCCCCAGCCAAAUUGAAGACCUGACUUGAGAUUUGCCUGGAGAGGAGAGAGCUGGGACCAAGCAGAGAGGUCCCGGCCAGCUGUCUGCAAUGGAAUCCCCUUGGGGAGCUUUUAAAAAGGCAUAUUCCUGGGCUCCCCCAAAUUUACUCAGAACCCCUGGGAAUGGGACCAACAGUGUAUAUUUUAACAAACUCCCUGAUGGACAGGAAGGUGUGGGAACCACUGAAUCAGGCCACCAAGUAUGAGCCAGGAGAAGAGACAUGGAAUUGAAGACAGACAGCUCCUAAGGGGUGAGGGAGGGGUGUGCUGGGAGGUCUCACUCCAUGAUCAGGAGCCAGGAGAGCAGACUGAGAGGUCGGAGUAAACACACCAAAAUGCCAGUCCCAAUGGCACAAGGGCAACACCUACAGAGACCUCUUUGGGUUUUAUCAACUGGGAGCUUGAUGUGGCCAUCAUCAACAGAAUGUAGCUGGAGUCUGCGUUAAUGAGAACAGUGCCUUCGUAAGAAGGGAGGCAAGAGACCAAUGGUGCUCAGACUGUGGCUAGAGGCUGGACUCCUGAUCAGGGCUUUAUGUUUUGACAAACAUUGACCACCUGUAUCAUCCUCAGGAGGGUGAC